AUGGGCAAAGUUCUGGAUACAGACAAGCUGGGCUCCGUAUUUGGCACCCGGCCUGAUAUUCUCACUGGCAUCCAGAAAGCAGCAGACUCUCCUGCAAGAAUCGACUUGUUCAAUGAAAUCGCCACCCAUGUCUACGAUCAAUUACUAAGUGGAAGCGCUGAACCUGCCCACAAGAAGAGAAGAGUCGACCUCCAGCAAGCCAACGGAGCCGCGAAUGGCACAAAACCUGCUACCAAAGUCCAGACCAAUGCCGCCGACGAGUCUGUCUUGCUCGAAAUCAAGGAAAUCUCCGUUUCGGUGCCUCAGAGGAAGAAGUUUGAGUUGUGUUUUACCGACGGCCACAUUUACGCUCAAUACGCCUUUUAUCUCCCCGUACCCGAAAAGAACCAGGUCCAGCACAACUACAUCCUUUUCCCACGAGGAACAUGUCUUCCCUCCAAGACGAACCCCCCGACCGAAGAGCCGCUCGUCUUUACAGUACCCGCGACGCCGCCCAAGCAGGGCACGAUAGGUGGACCUGACGCUGGAAGUGCGGCAGCCGUCUCGGACAACUACAAGUCCCUCUUCCACUGGGCAUUGAACCGCCAUCUCAAGCCCAUUGGCGUCGACAUCACUGCGUCAAACCCCAACAAGUUCCAGAGCAUGGUGCGACAGCCUCACAGACCGAGCGAAAAGGCCGUCCAUGUCAAGGCCUUCAGGGGCUCCAAAGAUGGAUACCUCUUUUUUCUCGAAACUGGCAUUCUCUGGGGUUUCAAGAAGCCGCUCAUGUUCAUACCUCUGAACCGCAUUGCCGCGACGAGCUUUACCAAUAUCCUCCAGCGGACAUUCAACAUUGCCAUUGAGGUGUUUGCAGGCGAGGGCGAUGCGACAGAAGAGGUUGAGUUUUCCAUGAUUGAUCAAGAAGAUUACGGCGGUAUCGACGACUACAUCAAGAACAAGCGCCUACAAGACCGAAGCAUGGCGGAGCAGCGAAAAGCCAAGCUUGAACUUGCUGAAAACAGAGCUAAGAAGACCGGCGAAGAAGGCGAGGAGGUAGAAGCUGCAGCUGGUGGUGACAUCUCAGAGCUUGCAAAGGCGCAAUUAGAUGCCGAGCAAGCGCUGCAGGACGAAGAGGAUGAAGAUGAGGAAGAUUACGAUCCUGGCAGUGAUGCCGACUCUGACGGUUCAGGAGAGUCUGACGAUGACGAUAGCGAUGAUGAUGAUGAGGACGACGAAGAUGACGAAGACGAUGAAGGAGAAGAAAACCCAGAGGAAGAGGGCGACGAGGGCGAUGAUCAAGCCGAGGAGGAAGAGGAGGAAGAAGAAGUCAAGCCAGAGGUGAAGCCAAAGAAGGAGGUCAAACCCAAGGUGAAGGAAGUGAAAAAAGAGGUCAAGGCAGAGCCCGCACGAUCGCCACCAAAGCCUGUCCAGCAACCUACUGUGAAAUCAGGCUGGGCAGCACUGAGAAGCGUCCCUCGAGCCCCUGCACCAGAGAGCAUGGACCUAGACGAGGAGAAGUUUGACGUUGUUUAA